CGUCACCGACGCAGAGCGUACCUGGAGCCAGAGCCGCAACGACGUCUCAGCGAUCGGUGCCGCGCGUUGAGCCACAAGAGGAUUUGAACAAAGAACCGUUCCCCUGACAGGAGGAGCAUGGGUAAGGUCGACUGCUCCCCUCAGCAGAUGUUCUCCAGGGACGCUGGGAGAUGCUGCCAGCGCUGCCCUGCAGGAACCUUCGUGAAGGCCGACUGUGACGCCACCAACAGGACACAGUGUGAGACGUGUGCAAACGGAACCUUCACCGCCACAGAAAAUUACCUCAAAUCCUGCAAAGUGUGCAGCGGGUGUAGUUCAGAUCCCAACCAGAGAACAGCGGUACCAUGUACCGCAACAAAGAACACCGUGUGUGAGUGUAAGAUGGGAUAUUUCUGUGACAACGACCGGUGUGACUACUGCCGCCUACUGACCCUCUGUCCUCCAGGUGAAGGAGUCAAGGUUGCAGCCACUCGCACCAGCGACACAGUCUGUGCACCAUGUGAACAAGGAACCUACAGCAACGUGACGGACUUCCUGUCACCGUGUAAAAACCACACCAGAUGUAAAGAUAUUGGAAAACAGCAAACAGUCUCAGGAACCACAAAAACCGAUGCCACGUGUAGUAAUAAAUGUGACUCCUCCUGGAUACUCCCGGCGGGUCUGUGGUCCGGUCUGGUGUUGACCACACUUCUUGUCUUGUUAGCUGUUGCCAUCUGCUGGAGGUUCAAACGCAGGACAUACAGAACAGCCAGUGCCAGUGUUCCGGUUCCGGUGGUGCAGGUCGUUCCUGUCCCCUCAUUGGACGUCUCUCUGCCGACACUGGUGCGCAACGGUCACUACCAGGAGGGCGGCGUCGAAGAAGACUGCACUAUGAAAUUAACACUUUUCCAAACAGACGGUGACAGUGACGUGGACAGUUUUCCCAUCAAAUCCCUGAAGGAAUUUUCUUUUCCCAGCGCUGGACACUGUGUCAACAACUUCCUGAGAACCCCCUCAGAACCACAGGAGGACGAGUGGUGCGAGACAUGA